ACGAUUUAUCAAAAACACUUAUGUUUCUUCUUCCACUUUUUUAAUCAAGAAAUUAAUUAAAAAUAUUUUUGUUCUUUCUUGCUUACUUAUAAAAAUAACGUCAUUUCCUGUGACGCUAUCUAUUACAGUGAAAUAAGCAGAGAUUUGGAAAAUCGACUUAUACCGGUACUAUGUAACAUGUAACAACUGGUAUUGCAGCGUGUCGUUGCAUUUACGAACAGAUAAUAUUUACGUUUGAGCUGUUGUAUAUUUUUCAAAAUUUUGUAAUUUUUUCGUUUAGUGUUCAAGAAAAAAAAAUAAUUUAUACAUAUAUAUAUAUAUAUUUACGCAUAUAUAUAUAAACGAAACAAUGACAGAUCCAUUACCGUAUCUCGUGGAAUAUGCUAAGAGUUCACGUUCUUCGUGUAAAAAUUGUAAAUCUUCCAUUGUGAAAGAUUCUUUACGAAUUGCUACGGUCGUACAAAGUCCAGUAUUCGAUGGGAUGAUUACCAAGUGGUAUCAUCCUGAAUGCUUUUUCGAAAAACAGCGUCCAAAAUCUACUGCUGAUAUAGCUAAUUUUGAUAGCGUUCGUUGGGAAGAUCAAGAAAAUAUUAAAAAAAAUAUAGCUGAAGCUGGGAAACUUCCAGCUCCAACUGGGAAAGGUAAGAAGCGUGGAAAAGGUACGGGUACAUCUCUAGAUUUUUUGAUAGAAUAUGCAAAGUCCAGUAGAGCUAUGUGCAGAGGAUGCGAAGAAAAAAUAGUGAAAGACGAAAUAAGAAUUUCUAAGAAAGAUUUUGAAAGUGACGAAGGAAGAAAAUAUGGUGGAAUAGAUAGAUGGUAUCAUCUAGAAUGUUUUGUGAAGAUUAGAACGGAUCUUGAAUUUUUCGAUCAAGCCGAUUCUCUACCUGGUAUAAAAACUUUAUCGAAAGAAGAUCAAGCUACCGUAAAAAAAGAGUUACCUAAAAUUAAUAAUGUAGAUGUACCACCUAUAAAGAAACUUAAAAAUGAACCAGAAGAUACAGAAGAAGAAGAAAAGCUUAAAGAACAAAAUAAGAAAAUAUUUACAAUGAGAGAUACUUUAUCUCUGCUUAAUAAGAAAGAACUCAUAAUGAUUUUAGAAUUGAAUGAACAAGAAAUACCAGAAGGUGUUUCUGCGAUAUUGGAUCAUGUAUCUGAUUUAUUAACGUUUGGAGCAUUAAAACCAUGUCCGAAAUGUAGCGGGCAACUAGUAUACGUUUCAGGUCUUGGUUACAAAUGUAAUGGAAAUGUGACAGAAUGGACAAAAUGUGAAUAUGUUACUCAAGAUCCUAAAAGAAAAAAAUGUUCUGUUCCAGAGGAAUUAAAAAAUACUUAUAAAGCUCUGGCUUUUAAACCUAAAGUUGUUAGGAGAUUAAUCAAAGUUACUGCACCAUCAACAUCUACUAUUGUUAAAAAAGAAGAUGUUGUCGAUACUGCAUCAAAAAUACAAGCAAAAAUAAGGCCAUUGAAAAAUAUGCAAUUUGUAAUAUUAGGUCAAACAAACAAAAACAAAGAAAUAUUGAAAAAAGAAAUAGUUCUUUUAGGAGGAUCCGUAAUAACAAAAAUACAUGAAAAUUUGGCUGCUGUUAUUUCUAAUUUGAAAGAAAUAGAAAAAAUGAAUAAAAGAAUGGAAGAUGUAAAAUCUUUAGAUAUACAAGUAGUUUCAGAAGAUUUUGUCGAAGAAGCAAAAGAUUAUACAGAACUUGCAUUUGCGCUGAUUAAAAAGAAAACUAUAUCUGAUUGGGGAGGUGAUAUUAAGACUCGUCUUGCUGAUGUUAUAGCAAAAUCAGGAUCAUCUAAGAGUAAAAGUAAAUAUGAAAAAUCUGUUUCUGGCAAAGUCAAAUUACAAGUUAAAGGAGGUGGUACCGUUGAUCCGGAUAGUGAAUUAGAAGACGUUGCACAUGUUUAUCAAAAAGGAACGGAUAAAUUUACUGCCACGUUAGGACUUACAGAUAUCCAAGCAAAGAAAAAUAGUUAUUACAAAUUACAAAUUUUGAAACACGAUAAACUCAAUAAAUAUUGGUUGUUCAGAAGUUGGGGUAGAAUAGGUACUACAAUCGGUGGUACAAAAUUGGAAAAUUUGAGUCUAGAAGAUUGUAUAGCUAAAUUUGAAGAACUAUAUGAAGAAAAAUCUGGCAAUAUCUGGAGAAAUAGAAAAUAUUUUGUCAAAGUACCGAAUAAAAUGUAUCCCGUUGACAUAGAUCAUGGAGAUGAGGAAGAUACAUCCCGAUUAUUAGAAUCUGAUAUAAAGAGUAAUCUGGAAAAGCCUGUACAAGAUCUAAUGAGGCUUAUAUUUAAUGUAGAAAACAUGAAAAAGGUUAUGUUAGAAUUUGAAAUAGAUAUGGAUAAAAUGCCGCUUGGUAAAUUAUCUAAAAAGCAAAUUCAACAAGCGUAUUCAGUAUUAACAGAAUUGCAAGAAUUAGUUAAAAAAGAAAUUCCUGAACGUACCACACUUAUAGAUGCAUCAAAUAGAUUUUAUACUUUGAUACCACAUAAUUUUGGAAUUUCUGGACCGAAGAUAUUAGAAACGAUUGAAGAAAUUAAAGUGAAGUGUGAAAUGUUAGAAGCAUUGCUUGAAAUGGAAAUCGCUUAUAGUUUGCUUCAUGGUAAGACAGAUGAAAAGAAAAAUCCACUUGAUGCUCAUUAUGAGCAAUUGAAAACAAAGAUAGAAGUAUUGGAUAAAUCGAGUAAAGAUUUUGAAGUAAUAAAACAAUACGUAAAGAAUACACAUGCAUCGACUCAUAAUUAUUAUGAGUUGGAAAUUGAAGAUGUUUUUGUUAUAAAGAGACAAGGUGAAGAUCAAAGAUAUAAACCGUUUAAGAAAAUGCAUAACAGAAAAUUACUUUGGCACGGAUCUAGAACAACCAAUUUUGCUGGAAUAUUAUCUCAGGGACUUAGAAUAGCGCCUCCAGAAGCACCUGUUACUGGUUAUAUGUUUGGUAAAGGUAUUUACUUUGCCGAUAUGGUUUCAAAAUCAGCAAAUUAUUGUUGCACGAAUAGUGCAAAUCCAACGGGAUUGUUACUGUUAUGUGAAGUUGCUUUAGGUAAUAUGUAUGAAAGAUAUGAAGCUGACUAUAUUGAAAAAUUACCAAAAGAUAAACAUUCAACGAUGGGAAGAGGACAAACUCAACCAGAUCCAAAUAUUGUUCAUAAAAUAGAUGGUACUGUUGAAGUUCCAUAUGGUCCUUCCGUACCAAGUAAACUGAAGAAGAAAUCAGCAUUAUUGUACAAUGAAUACAUCGUAUAUGAUACAGCUCAAGUGAAAGUUCGUUAUUUAGUUAAGAUGAAUUUCAAGUACAAAGUUUGA